AUGCUGGACAGCGGAGACCUCGUACUCAACACCAUAAACCUGCCUUCCAGUUAUGCAAACGAACCUUAUUACAGCACUAAAACUGCCCGAAAUUCGAACACGUCAAGCCCGGGGAAAGAAGUCGUGUUCGACGAUUCAGCUUCUCCAAAUGUUCUGAGAGAGAAUGACGAUAAAGUUUACCUCUGGCAGGUGAAAGUACCUUCAGCGUCAGAUUUUUACCAUAGAAUUACGCUGAACUUUGAUGGGGUUUUGACUCAAUACGUACACCCCAAGAAUUCUAAUUCUAAUGGAACCUGGACCUCUCUGUGGUCUGAACCUGAAAAUAUAUGCACUGCCGUUCUUGCUCCACGCGGCUCUGGUGUUUGUGGCUACAACAGUAUUUGUUCCCUGGGUAACAAUAACAGGCCGAAAUGUGGCUGCCCCGACAAAUACACUUUGCUUGACCCCAAUGAUGAGUAUGGCAGUUGCAUACCUAACUUCACGCUGAGUUGUGAGGAAGAUGAAAAGAAGCUGAAGCAAGGUUCCGUAGAGGAUCUUUACACUUUCGUCGAGCUAGAGCACAUGGGUUGGCCGAUGUCUGAUUAUGCCCUGCUGAAGCCUUUCUCUGAAGACGAAUGCAGAAACUCAUGCUUGCAUGACUGCAUGUGUGCGGCUGCCGGUUUCAGAGAUGGCAACAGUUGCUGGAAAAAGAAGCUUCCCCUGUCCAACGGAAGAGUUGAUCCUAAAUUGAAAGGAAAGUUCCUAAUCAAAGUCCCGAAGCGUGACUCAACUCUUACAAACGAUUCCCAAUAUCCAAUCCCAAAGGGAAGGAUAAAAGACCACGAUCAUAGAAUUUUGAUUUUAGUCGGAUCAGUGCUAUUCGGAACUUCUGCGUCUGUCAAUUUUCUACUCAUCACUUGGGGGAUUUUCUUUGUCUACCGCAAGAAGCUCAAGAAUAUAUCCACCAAAGAGAACUUCGUGGAAUCAAAUUUGCGUUAUUUCACUUACCAAGAGCUUUUCCAAGCCACGGAUGGGUUCAAGGAAGAGAUAGGCCGGGGAUCUUUCGGGAUUGUUUAUAAAGUGAUGUCCAACGAUGCACCAAUUGCCGUGAAGAAGCUAGCUAGUGGGAUGCAAAACAAGGAGAGGGAGCUCAGAACAGAAGUCGAUGUGAUAGGCCAGACCUUUCACAAGAAUCUGGUUAGAUUACUUGGUUUCUGUGAUGAAGGCCAAGAAAGGUUGCUCGUCUAUGAGUUCUUGAGCAAUGGCACACUAUCAAGCCUUCUCUUUUCAGGUGAAUCCAAACCCAGUUGGAUCCAGAGAUGCCAUAUUGCUUCAGGAAUUGAGGGAUUACUAUACUUGCAUGAAGAGCGCACUACACAAAUCAUCCACUGUGAUAUAAAGCCACAGAACAUACUUCUUGAUGACUACUACACCGCGAGAAUCUCCGAUUUUGGACUUGCCAAGCUCCUGAAGAUGAGCCAGAGCCAUACUCAAACGAAUAUAAGAGGAACAAGAGGGUACAUCGCUCCUGAAUGGUUCAGGAACUUGCCCAUCAGUGUGAAAGUGGAUGUCUAUAGCUACGUGUUGCUUCUGGAGAUAAUAUGCUGCAGGAGACGUUGCAGGACUGAGGUGAGCAGAGAAAGUGAGGGAGGGCUCUUGACUCAUUGGGCUUAUGAUUGCUUCAUGCAUGGAAGGCUGGAUGCUCUGGUUGAAGGUGACACGGAGGGUCUGAGUAACAGGGUGAAGCUGAAGAAUUUGGUCAUGAUCACGUUAUGGUGUAUUCAAGAGGACCCUUCCUUGAGGCCAACGAUGAAGAAGGUGACACAGAUGCUGGAAGGAGCAGUGGAAGUGCCUGUCCCUCCAUGUCCAUUCCCUUGA